GCUGGGGGGGUGCCCUGCAGGUCCCGUGGGACUGGGGGCUGACCCCACGGGCGGCAGGGUCCCGGGCGCGCCUGGGCCCCGGGCACCACCUGGUUUCCCGACAGGAGCAAGUGCAGGUCCCUGCGCGCUGCCUCCGCGGCUCUUAGUGUUUCUGGGCCUUUUUUUUUUUUCUUUCCUGGAUGAAAUUCCUGCCAGCUCGGAAGGAAGGAGGGAAGGGGAGCGAGCCACAGCGCAGAAAGUUUCCUUGACUCCUCCUCCCCUGUCUCCCUCCCCUGCCAGGCCCGGCCGUGCGGCUCUUGGUGCGGCUCUCAGCGAAGAUCACUCAACAAUGCCUGCCCCUCGCUGACGGCCCGGCCCACCCGCCGCCCGCCGCAGGUGCCCGCCGCCAGGUGCCCUCCACCAGGUGCCCGCCGCCAGGUGCCCGCCGCAGGUGCCCGCCGCAGGUGCUCGCCGCCGCGAUGCGCAGCCCGGCCGGCCUCGGGGCGCUGUGGCUGUGCGCCGCGCUGUGCGCCUCCCCCCCGGCGGGCGCCCCCCAGCCCCGCGCCGUGCCCGCCUGCCCUGCGCCCUGCCACUGCCAGGAGGACGGCAUCAUGCUGUCGGCCGACUGCUCGGAGCGUGGGCUGUCCGCCGUGCCCCGGGACCUGGACCCCCUGACGGCUUACCUGGACCUGAGCAUGAACAACCUCACGGAGCUGCAGCCCGGCCUCUUCCACCACCUGCGCUUCCUGGAGGAGCUGCGCCUGUCGGGGAACCAUCUCUCGCACAUCCCGGGACACGCGUUCUCUGGCCUCUACAGCCUGAAAAUCCUGAUGCUGCAGAACAACCAGCUGGGAGGAGUCCCCGCGGACGCGCUGUGGGAGCUGCCGAGCCUGCAGUCUCUGCGCCUAGAUGCCAACCUCAUCUCCCUGGUCCCGGAGAGGAGCUUUGAGGGGCUGUCUUCCCUCCGCCACCUGUGGCUGGACGACAAUGCACUCACCGAGAUCCCUGUCAGGGCCCUCAACAACCUCCCUGCCCUGCAAGCCAUGACCCUGGCCCUCAACCGCAUCAGCCACAUCCCUGACUACGCCUUCCAGAACCUCACCAGCCUUGUGGUGCUGCAUCUUCAUAACAACCGCAUCCAGCAUCUGGGGACCCACAGCUUCGAGGGGCUGCACAAUCUGGAGACGCUGGACCUGAAUUAUAACGAGCUGCAGGAGUUCCCCGUCGCCAUCCGGACCCUGGGCAGACUGCAGGAACUGGGCUUCCACAACAACAACAUCAAGGCCAUCCCAGAGAAGGCCUUCAUGGGGAACCCUCUGCUGCAGACAAUACACUUUUACGAUAACCCGAUCCAGUGCGUGGGGAGGUCAGCGUUCCAGGACCUGCCUAAACUGCACACCCUGUCCCUGAACGGCGCCACCAACAUCCAGGAGUUCCCCGACCUCAAAGGCACCACCAGCCUGGAGAUCCUGACCCUGACCCGUGCAGGCAUCCGGCUGCUCCCGCCCGGGAUGUGCCAGCAGCUGCCGCGGCUCCGCGUCCUGGAACUGUCCCACAAUCAGAUCGAGGAGCUGCCCAGCCUGCACAGGUGCCAGAAGCUGGAGGAAAUCGGCCUGCAGCACAACCGCAUCGGGGCGAUCGGAGCCGACACCUUCAGCCAGCUGAGCUCCCUGCGAGCCCUGGACCUGAGCUGGAACGCCAUCCGCUCCAUCCACCCCGAGGCCUUCGUGACCCUGCGCUCCCUCGUCAAGCUGGACCUGACCGACAACCAGCUGAGCACCCUGCCGCUGGCCGGACUCGGGGGCCUGAUGCACCUGAAGCUCCGAGGGAACCUGGCCCUGUCCCAGGCCUUCUCCAAGGACAGCUUCCCAAAGCUGAGGAUCCUGGAGGUGCCCUACGCCUACCAGUGCUGCGCCUACGGCGUCUGUGGCGGCUUCUUCAAGUCCUCGGGGCAGUGGGGGGCUGAGGACCUCCACCCUGCUGAGGACGAAGCCCCGAAGAGGCCCCCAGGCCUGCUGGCCGGCCAGGCUGAGAACCACUAUGACCUGGAUCUGGACGAGCUGCAGCUGGACACGGAGGACACCCGGCCGCGCCCCAGCGUGCAGUGCAGCCCUGCUCCAGGCCCCUUCAAGCCGUGCGAGCACCUCUUCGAGAGCUGGGGCGUCCGGCUGGCCGUGUGGGCCAUCGUGCUGCUGUCCGUGCUGUGCAACGGGCUGCUGCUGCUGAGCGUGUUCGCGGGCGGCCCGGGCCCCCUGCCCCCGGUCAAGUUUGUCGUCGGGGCGAUCGCCGGAGCCAACGCCGUGAGCGGCCUCUCCUGCGGCCUCCUGGCCUGCGUCGACGCCCUGACCUUCGGCCAGUUCGCCCAGUACGGAGCGCGCUGGGAGACGGGGCUGGGCUGCCGGGCCACGGGCUUCCUGGCGGUGCUGGGGUCCGAGGCCUCGGUGCUGCUGCUCACCCUGGCCGCCGUGCAGUGCAGCGUGGCCGUGUCGUGCGUCCGGGCCUACGGGAAGGCGCCCGCCCUGAGCAGCGUCCGUGCGGGGGCCCUGGGCUGCCUGCUGCUGGCCGGGCUGGCGGCCGCCCUGCCCCUCGCGUCCGUGGGCGAGUACGGGGCGUCCCCGCUGUGCCUGCCCUACGCGCCCCCCGAGGGCCGGCCGGCCGCCCUGGGCUUCGCCGUGGCGCUGGUGAUGAUGAACUGCCUGUGCUUCCUGCUGGUGGCUGCUGCCUACAUCAAGCUCUACUGCGACCUGCCGCGGGCCGACCUGGAGGCCGUGUGGGACUGCGCCAUGGUGCGCCACGUGGCCUGGCUCAUCUUUGCCGACGGGCUCCUCUACUGCCCUGUGGCCUUCCUCAGCUUCGCCUCCAUGCUGGGCCUCUUCCCCGUCACCCCCGAGGCCGUCAAGUCCGUGCUCCUGGUGGUCCUGCCCCUGCCUGCCUGCCUCAACCCCCUGCUGUACCUGCUGUUCAACCCCCACUUCCGGGACGACCUGCGGCGGCUCUGGCCCUGCGCGGGGACCCCGGGGCCCCUUGCCUAUGCUGCCGCCAGCGAGCUGGAGAAGAGCUCCUGCGACUCCACCCAGGCCCUGGUGGCCUUCUCUGAUGUGGAUCUCAUUCUGGACGCUUCCGAGGCUGGGCGCCCCCCCGGCCUGGAGCCCUACGGCUUCCCGUCAGUGACCCUCCUCUCCGGUCAGCAGCCGGGGGGCCCCCGGUCGGAGGGCAGCCACUUUGCGGAGCCCGAGGGAGCCCACUUUGGGAGCCCACCAGCCGCCGUGGAGGGAGAACUGCGGCUCUGGGCCGAGGGAGCCGCGCCCGCGGGUGGGGGCUCGUCAGCGGGCAGGGCCUUGCAGCCCGCGGGCCCAGCCUUUGCCUCACACUUAUAGAUGUCCGUCCUGGCUCCUCGCCCCUCUCCCCUCUCCCGUCCUCCCGGCCGUGAGUGACGGCUGCUUGUGUGAUAAACUCACCGGACGUGUGAUCCGCAGCGGGACGGCCCAGCGCCCGAGCCGCGGCUGCAGCGGUCUCCUCUGUGCGUGGCCGCGGCCGGCGUGUGCCUCCUGGCCUGGCUUCCCGUGGCCUCCCCUGGCCGCCGUCCCUGCCCUGCCCGAGGCCGUGGGCCGGAGAUCUCAAAUCUGUCUUCUUGAGGGAAACGAGGAAAGCACAAAACAGUGUAGGGGGGUGGUGGUGCCGAGCGGGUCAGGCGUCGGGGGGCAACGGGCAGGGGCACCCCUCGGAGAGAGACCUGUAGGUGACCUGCCGGGGCACUUGGGCAUCUGCCCUUUGACUCGCGGACAGACCGCGCUCGGCGUCCUGUUAAUCUCGAGCCGGGCCGCGCAACAGGACGUGGCCGAGUCAGCCGGGAAGCUCCGACGCGUUCCGUCCCCCUCUUAGCCGUUCGCGGGGCACGUUAGCAGAGCAGAGCCCGCGGGGAGUCCGGCAGCCGCGCAGGCCGUCGAACGUUGUUUAAUCCACCGCCCCGGAUUAUUUGACAGCAGCUUUCGGUUUGUCUGGUUGGUUUUCAUGGGGCAUCUGCCGGGGCCUCCCAGAGUCAACGGCGCUCUGUCGGGGCGCCCUCGCGGCCCUGGUCGGGCCACCGCCUGCUGCUACGGGGACAUCUCAAGCUGCCGCCCUUCCUGGAAACCCUGAUGCGGGCGGUUCCACCGGGGACUUGAGGAUCCCGUCCGGGACUUGAGGAUCCCGUCCACCGGAGGAGACUGCACGCCCUACCCUCCGGGUCCUCCGGGUCUCCCCGGGAAGGGAGGUCUCCUGCCCUCGCUGGAGAGGGCGUCCCUGGGCCCGGCGGGGGACGCACCGGGAAGCCCAUGGCAGCCGGGCUUCCUGGCUCCACCGCGUGCCCGUCGCUCGCUCCCGCCACGGCCUGGCCCCUGCUCUGCACCCCGGGCCCGCCGCCUCGUGGGGCAGUGGCACAGGAGCCUCGGCCAGCAGCCUCGGGGUAUCUGCGUUGCACGUACUGCUUUGUAGGAAGUGUCACAGGGCCACGGGCGCCCGGGCGCCCCGGAGAAGCACGACCUCCUGCCCUACGGUUUACAAGUGCCUCCAGGUGGCCCGGUGCUCGCACCCCAGACACUCACGCCCUCCGUGCCAGGGCGAGGGGGGACAGCCGGGACAUUCUCAAAGACACGAGAAGGGAACCCAAGGCUCAGGAAAGGGGCCCAGCCAUUAAGACAACUGAGAAGGUCCUUGCGUCUGCCCUGAGCAUCUUCCCCCCCACCCCUGCCCCCCCCCCCCAGUCCCUGCUCUCUCAGGGCCCAGGGGAAAUCCUGACACGAGUCCAAGGGCCGCCUGCUGCUUCGGCGGAGGCAGAGGGUGGGUGGCGCUUGCCCAUUUCUCUGUCUGACCGCGGAGCCGCCCGGACGCUUCCCGCUCCGAGGCAAAGGUGCUGAGCUUGACCUCAGGGUCCUGGCCCAGGGACUGUGCACCCGCUGGAUGCGGGGAGCUCCCUGUUUCAUGGAAGACGAGGCUGCUCUGCUUUGGGAACCGGGAGCCGGUGACUGUCAUGAGGAAAGUUCUCCGAGGUGCCCUAGGGAUGACAGCGUUGGUGUGAUUUGGGGGAUCGCAGGUCACCCAGGCUCCUCCGCACGGCCUCCCGCCGCCCCAUGGGAUCAUUUCCCCCCGGAGUCGGAGCCAGUGUUGCGUGGGAUGUGGAGCGAGGUUCAGGAGUCGUGGGAACAGCCCCCCGCAGGUGGCCUCUGGUGUGCAAAGGGCGCCGGUCUGUUGGCUGCAAGCUCUGGGGUGGCACCACCGUCCCCAUCAUUUACUUCUAAAGAUCCAGGCGUUUGCCAAGCCUGCCCCUCGCGGGGCGGAGCGGGGGCGUGGGGGCACUGGCGGCGUUUGCCGUGACCUGGUUUCAUGAUUCGGGAAGCCUCGUCCAUGUGGCACAUUCACCCGAAAGCAGGUGGCGAAGUAGUUUCCGUGUUCCUAGGGACACACGGCUUCCUAGCGAGGCCGUGUGUCCCUCUUCGGUCAUCCCCGGUCAUCCCUAGAGGACGUGCAGGUUUUUUCAUGUGCCUUUGACGACACACAAAGUCAGACGCCAAAUAAUCCAGCGCACGUGAAACCUUCCAGAACGGUGUCCGCGGGUGGAGUCCACGCGAAGGGCCGUGGCGGUGGCGAUGCUGGAACCGCUGUGCCCUGCCCGCCAGGGUGUCCUCGCAGACCGACGUGCAGAGGAGAACCUUCUGGACCGGGCCGCGCCCUUGACAGCACCUCUGAGCACAUCAGGAGCAAAACUUAAUCCAGGGUUGAGACUUGAAGACCAUGGACUAACCGUCCCCUGGCCUCCCUCUCCCCGUUUCCUGCUCCCCAACCCCCUUCCGACGCUCCUUUUCCGGGAAGACUGCGAGGUCUAAGGACGGCGGGAGGCGGAGGAGGGAGAGUUGCGGGCGGCAGGGGCCUGAGUACUGAGGGUGGCGGGAGCCGCUAGGGCCCGUGGUCCCCCCUGCACCACCUCCUCCAGGGCCUCUGCCCCGGAGCGAGCUGCCCGCCCGCCCUGCGGCCCCGUCCCUCGGGCCGGCCCAGGCCGUCCGCAGCUGUGUGAAGAGUGAGACGCGUCCAGAUGUAAAUGUUUGGAGUCUUCUGUAUAAUAAAGCGCCAGCGACGUAUCACGUGCGUCCCUCAGCUCUUUUCCGCGGCCACCCGGGAGCUCUGCGGGGCGCCCGGGACGGCGGCGGGGCCGGGGUCAGUGAGCCCCGAGCGCACCGGCAGUGGACUGUCUCCGUGGGCCGCCCGCGCCUGCCACCGUCGGCGGGGCUCCUCACCCCCGUGAUGCAGGAGGCUCCCUCGGAGUCUGGUGUGUGAGUACGUGGUACAGUCGCACGGUUCCAACAAAGUGUAUCUGCUCCACAGUCCCCGCCGGCCGCUUCAGCCCUCACUGGUCACCAGUUAGACGUUUCUUACGCGUCCGCCCAGAGUUGCUUCCUGCACACGCCGGUGCGUGUGUCCUCGCUCCGCUCCGGCCGGGUCGCCAGCCACAUGCCCCCCCGCCGUGGAAAUGUGGUUUGCUUGAUCUUUUGCUUCUACAAACACUGCGACAAGUAACGGGGGAGGCACGUCAUUUACACACGUGCGUCUGUAAGACGCAUUACCAGACGUGCCACCGCUGGGUCGAAAGAGAGUUCUAGAUCGUGUUCCUUAAGUAGUGGAGCCAGACGUGUGGGCGCCGCGGUGCGCUGGGUGGGCGCACUGGGA